AUGUCUUAUGCAUUAUUUUUCAACGAUAACAGUAACGGUAGUCUUCAUCACGGUGAAGUUAAUACUACUGAGAGACCAAUAUGUGCUCAGAAGGGUCUUUCAUGUCCAGCCUUAUACACUGCGAUGCAACUCGUUUCACACAUUACAACAGUUGCUGAUUUUAUAAUUAUACCACUUUUGAUUUAUUUAUCAAUUGCAAAAGUGAAGGAUGGCUUAUUUAAAUAUUUUACGCUUAAUUUAAUGGCAAUUUGCUCCGUAAUAACUUUAGCUGAUUUUGUAGCAGAUAUAAUAUACAUUAUAAAUCUUUUCGCUGACGUAGGCGAAAAUAAAAAAAACUUGUAUCAAAUUCGAUACUGGGCAUUGAACUGUCUCAGAUCCGGAAAUAUUUGGUUUCAUGCCUUAGCUCUGUAUGCAGCUGUUAUUUGUUAUUUACCUUAUGCUAAUCCAAUUUUCUAUACGAAACAUUUUGUAAACAAGUGA